AUGAAGUUCGCUCGCUACCUCGAUGAAAACACAGUGCCAGAAUGGCGAAAGGUCUAUAUCCAGUAUCGAGGCCUUAAGAAGCUUAUCAAGCGCGUCGCCGAACACUACGAAGCUCGUCUUCGCUUGGAGGCUGAGCUCGGCCUUACGAGAUCCCAUUCGAGCUCCACCGCUGUCACACCGUCCGCAGCGCCAUCGGAUCCACUCCUUCGCCGGCGCAAUGCUGCCGCACACGCAUCCAACCUCGAUCACGAGGCGCAGUCCACGUUGGCUUCCAGUCCUGGCUACAUCAGACGCACUGAUUAUGGCGGCACGCACGUAGCUAGUCCGUCCCUACCUUCAUUGCCGCCAGUCAGUCUACAGGGCACCGGCCUUCGACUCUCUUUGGAUAGCACUUCCUACCAAGGUGCCACUUCUCAGUACGCAACGCUUCCCUCUACCACAGGGACGGAUCUCGAGGCACAGAUAGAUCAUCCACCAUCGGCGUCGUCCGGCAACGCUCUCGCAGUUGGGCAGGGUGGGGGCGAAAGUGCAUCACCCUCUUCCAAUCCAUCUGCUUUGAGCCCACGAUCACCUGGCGCAAGUAAAGUCCGCUACAAUGACGAUGCCAACCCACCAUCGCAACCGGCACCGGAUGCAUUACAUCCGUCUCGAAGAGCUCGUCACGUGUCCAAAUCCGGUUCCUCUGGUCGCGUCUCGAAUCGUUCGCUCAAAGAAGAUGCGCCUCAGUCGCUCAAAGAACUCAUCUCGACCAACUUUGACCAUGAGGAAGCUCAAUUCUUUUCCGCGUGCGAUGCCGAGCUCGAACGCAUCGUCGCCUUCUACGAGGCGCAAGAGCAGGAAGCUGCAUUGAAGUACACGCAACUUGCCCGUCAGCUCGAGGAGCUCGCCGAGCAUCGACGCGAGUUCCGUGCCAAGUAUCACAUCGCCGACCAAGACAGGACGCAGGCGAGCUCGCGGCGCCAGCGCGUGUCGCAGCUGCUCUCGAUCUUCCCAGGUUCCAAGCUCGUCGGGGCCGACCAAGUGGUCAACCGCAUCAAGUCGGUGCCCUCAUUGUCCAAGCUGCCGUCACGAAUCACGCAGUCGGGCCAGCAACCUUCGAAAGCAGCCUCCCGCCCUUCGAUCGACCGCAAUGCGAGCAAGCAGCGACGAGAUGACAGCAGCAGCGGCGACGAAGAUGCAGGCGGCCGACGUCGAGCACAGGCGCUUGCCAAGAUGCAAGCCAGCCUACGCGGCUGGGACGACGAGACGGACAAGGCCAUUCGCCAAGCCAAUAAGGCCGCCGCCAUGAGCCACGAUCCGGAGGCCUACGCCGCCGCGCGUAAAAAGCUCAAAGCCGCCGUGCUCGAGUACUACAAGUUCCUUGACACGCUCACCAACUACAAGAUCCUCAAUCGCACCGGCUUUGCCAAAGUGAUGAAAAAGUUCUCAAAGACCGUCGGUGUUCCGUGCACCGAUCUGUACUAUCAAGACAAGGUGGCUCCCACGCUGUUGGUCACGUCGGAUCGCGUCGAGAAGCUGCGCAAAGCCACUGAGGACAUCUACACGGCUUACUUUGAGCACGGCAAUCGCAAGCAGGCGCUCAACAGGCUGCGCGCGAGGGAAGACCACACCACGCACCACUACAGCGUGUUUCGCAGUGGGUUCUACCUCGGCAUCUCGCUCUGCGCCAUUGUCGGCGGUCUGAUCGAGGCGAUGAAGCCGCGCACGCAGCGGGCAAUUCCGCAGUGGCCGGCGCUGCUGCGCGUCUAUGGAGCCGAGUUCAUCCCGACGUUGUUUGCGCUGCUGUUCGGACUCAACUUGGCCUGGUGGCAUGCCGUGCGCAUCAACACAGUCUUCAUCUUUGAGUGGGAUGUGCGCACCACCAUGGACCAUCGCCAGUUCUUCGAGAUCCCGGCGCUGUUGAUGCUGCUCCUGUCGUGCUGCUUUUGGGUGUCAUUUGUCAAUCCGUUCCCGGACGCUAUUGCGCCGACGACCUGGCCGACGGUGUGGCUGGUCAUCGUGGCGAUUCUCAUGCUGAACCCGCUUCCGGUACUGUUGCCGGCGAGCCGAGUCUGGUUCCUCAAGAGUCUGCUUCGCACGUUUACCGCAGGAUGGAAGCGCGUCGAGUUCCGCGACUUUUUCUUGGGUGAUGAGCUCAACUCGAUCGCGUGGACGAUCAGCAACUUUUGGUACAUUGGGUGCGAGUGGCAUCACGACUGGGCGCAUCCGGACCGGUGCUUGCCCAACAGCACGUACUGGACGGCGGUGCUACUUUCGGUGCCUGCUUGGCUUCGUUUGGGGCAAUGCAUCCGGCGUUGGGUGGACAGCGACUAUCGAACGCACCUGCACCUGGUCAACGCGGGCAAGUACGCGAGUGCGGUGGUCAACAACUUUGUCUACAUCCACUUUCGGCGCAAUGGCUCGCUCGAGGGCACGGAAAAGGCGGUGUGGAUCGUGUUUGCGGUCAUCUACUCGAUUUGGCACAUCGCAUGGGAUCUGCUGAUGGACUGGUCGGUGCUUCGGCCGCGCGCGAAAUACUUUUUGCUGCGCAAUGAAAUCUCGUUCCCGCAGCCGGUGUACUACGUGUUCAUGAUCGUCGAUGUCAUCGGGCGUUCGGCGUGGAUUGUUUAUCUCAUUCCCGGACCGGCGUCGGUGACGCUGCGCUCGUUCCUUGCGGCGAUGGUGGAGAUGGUGCGCAGGGUGUGCUGGAACAACCUGCGUGUGGAGAACGAACAGAUCGGCAACACGGACUCGUUCAAGAUCAUGCGCGAUCUACCGCUGCCGUACCGCCAGAAGCUCAGGGACGAAGCCGAGGCGGCCGACAGCGACGGCGUUCACGAAAGCGGGAUCUUUGCCAGUGUCAAGCUGGCGAGUCUGCGAAAGAAGUGUCGGCCCACUUCGGCGGCUCACUACCCUACCGAAGGGGAGCACUCGAUGCCAGACGAAGACGAGGCUGCAGUGGGACACGAACAGGGGCGAACCGGUGCCGAGACGCCAUCGAACAAGGAGAGGAGGAAAUCGCUCAUCGAAGGCCUGCGCGACAAGUUGGUCCCAGAUGCAAAGGUAUAUGGAACGAGGCUCGACGAAGGUGCGGUGACCAAAGGCCAGUCCGGUCGAGACUACACGCCGCGCCUGGCCGAGGCGAUGCAAGGUUCCGUCGAUUCAGAUUCAGAUGAAGAAGAGGUCGAAACAGAGGACGAGCCGACGCGGGAGCACGGCGCCUCCGAGUCGACCGAUGACGGCUCACAGAAUGUUCGUUCAGAGAUGCCACGGACGCCGCCCAAGGCGAGGUCAGCACAUAAUUAG